UACUGAAGCGGUCUUGUGCGACCUACACAACAUAGCAGGUGGAGUUCAAGAUGGCGGAUUAAGCAUUUGUUUGUUAUUUCGAAUUGUGAUUCUUUACUUUCGACGAUCUUGCUUCUCGAGCAGUUUUGUAAUUGAACAGUUGCGAUGUAUCCAAGAGUGAAAAGAUCAAUUUCUGAGAGUGGAAAUCCUUCGGCGAAAAGAACGUUUCGUUCCUUUUCGUUUUCCGAUGCAGCUGGCAAUGGAACUCAGCGUGAAACUAACGGGAAUUCUAAACAACUACACGGCCACCACACGGCUCACAAUCCAGCGCGAAAACAGAGUUUUAACCUGCCGAUUUACACAGGGCGUAGUGUAAUUAUUGCCGAAGUACGGAGCAGAGAAAACGUGAUAAUUAUUGGGGAAACUGGCAGUGGAAAGACAACACAAAUUCCACAAUAUCUCCAUGAGGCACGCUUGACAAAGCUCGGAGCUGUCGCAUGCACACAACCAAGACGCGUGGCAGCGAUAAGCAUUGCACAGAGAGUUGCUAAGGAGAUGCACGUGCAACUGGGGGAAGAAGUUGGGUAUACUGUGCGAUUCGAAGACGUUACCUCGGCGAAAACAUGCGUGAAAUACAUGACCGAUGGAAUGUUGCUGAGAGAAGCCAUAGGCGACCCCAUACUUCACAGAUACUCUGUUGUUAUUUUAGACGAAGCUCAUGAGCGAACUGUACACACCGACGUCCUUUUUGGUGUUGUGAAAGCAGCUCAAGAGAUGCGUAAAGAAAAACAUCAGAAACCGCUCAAAAUUGUUGUUAUGUCUGCCACUCUAGAGGCAGAACAUUUUUCACGGUAUUUCAACAGUGCGAAGGUGUUGUACAUUGAAGGACGUCAGCAUCCAGUUCAAAUUAUGUAUGCAGUGGAGCAGCAAAAAGACUAUGUGCAUGCAGCGCUUGUUUCAGUAAUGCAACUGCACCAAGAAAUGCCACCGGGUGGAGACAUUCUGGUGUUUUUGACUGGUCAAGAUGAAAUCGAAUCUUUAGCCAAACUUGUGACAGAUUGUGCACAGCACUGUGAAGCAGGAUGCCCUGAGGUCCUAGUUUGUCCAAUGUUUGCUGCUCUUCCUUCCCAGCAUCAAAUGAAAGUGUUUAUUUCAGCUCCUAUUGGCAAAAGGAAAGUUAUUCUAGCAACAAAUAUUGCAGAAACAUCAAUUACCAUUCCAGGGGUCAAAUAUGUGGUAGACACAGGCUUUGUUAAAGGAAAAGCUUUUCAUCCCAAGACUGGCCUUGACAUACUGCAGGUUCAACCGGUCUCAAAGGCACAGGCACGCCAACGGACUGGUCGGGCAGGACGAGAAACCAGUGGAGUCUGUUACAGACUUUAUACAGAGGAACAGUUUGAUGAGCUGAAGGAGAUGACAAUGCCAGAAAUCCAACGGUGUAACUUGGCAAGUGUUGUCUUGCAGCUUAUGGCCCUGGGUAUAUUGGAUGUUCUCCAUUUUGACUUUCUUGACUCUCCUUCACAAGAUGCGAUAGAAAAUGCAUUGGAACAGUUAGUGGUGUUAGGAGCAGUAAGGAAAGGGAACAGUGGCUUUGAGCUAAUGCCUCUUGGUCGUAAAAUGGCUAAUUUUCCAUUGGAGCCCAGACUGGCCAAAGUGAUUCUGUCAUCACAUGAAUUAAAUUGCAGUGAGGAGAUAAUCACCAUUGUAGCUUUGCUGUCUGUGGACUCCCUUACUUACACCCCACAAAGCAAACGGGACCACGCCUUAGCAGUACGCAAGAAGUUCCUUUCAUCAGAAGGUGACCAAAUGACUCUUCUGAAUAUUUACAGAGCUUACAAAGCCGUCAGUGGCCACAAAGAGUGGUGUCAUGAACACUUCAUCAACUCCCAAACUGUUAAACGUGUCAUGGACAUAAGAAAACAACUGCGAGAGAUUUGCAUAAGACUGGACAUUCCUUUGAUAUCUUGCGGCAAGGACACUGUGAACAUUCGGCACUGUCUUGCCAAAGGACUCUUCAUGAAUGCUGCAGAGCUGCAGCUUGAUGGGACAUAUCUGACUGUGACUCACAGGCAACCUGUUACCAUUCAUCCUACCUCAUCACUGUUUGGUUCUAAGCCACAGUAUGUUGUUUACAAUGAACUUAUACACACCACAAAGUGUUACAUGCGUGAUGUAUGCGUGGUAGAUCCGUCUUGGCUUCAAGAAGCUGCACCAAAUUAUUUUAAAGAGCACAGACUUCAUUCACAGCCAACAUCAGUUCGUUCAUAAUUGAUUUUUCCUUGAAAGAACUAUACAUGCAGUCUGAAAUUAGAAUAUUUUUCCCAUCAUG